AUCGAUCAGUACCUUUUGGCUACUGCGACCGUUGCUACUCUUUGUUCCCAGCGAUAUACUCCUGUGCUUGUAACGGUUCGUCACACGUCCGAGUUUUCUAAUGAAUUUCUCCUCCCAAACAUACUGAGCUCGUUAGCUAUUGCAGCUUGAGAGGGUAUUGUUUGAGUCUCACGGUGCUGAUCACACUCCAUCCAUAUGCAAUACGGAAGGGAUGGAGCUACAAAAACCGCCGAUACCGCCGACUGUACCUGACGACGAAGAACGGAAAAGAAGAGCAUUUGCCGACGUCGACGAAUUUACGGUAACAACACAUGAGCGUUCGCUUUGUAAAAAGACCAAAGCCGAGCGAGAACGCGCGUAGCGUCUAAGGAAUAGAUUUGUCACAGAUGUGUUACAAUUAAUACAAAAAGAGGCUGAUAAGGUUUGGUUUGGUAUGUGCCGAAACAAGAAAAAGUCCAUUGCUAUCUGCAAGAGCUUUCUGGCCGACUAUACACGCUAUGCAAGAUGCAGACGUCUGUAUAUAGACGGUACCGAGGAACAGAAGCAGGUACUAAUAGUUCAAUUAGUAGUGACUAUUAUUGCUAUAUGGAAGCAUAUAGUAGCUCAAGCUGAUGCUGUAGUGCUCGCGAAGAGAAGGGAUCAUGAUUCGAAUGAAGAUUCAGACGAAGGUUCCGAACAAUGGACAUUGCUUGGCAACCGUGGGAAGGCCCGUGGAGAGCUUAUCCAGUGGAUCCAAUCAACUCUUGCACAAAAGUUCAACCUCACAUGCAAACAAACAUUUGAGAAAACCGAAGCCACAACAGACGAUGUUCUGCUUAUUCUUAGCACCUUGUGGGAACGCGCAGUCGAUAUACCUUGUGAUCCUAGACAUCGGGUUGCCUUUCAUACAUUGGUGCUUAUAGGAAGCAUUGGCUUUCGGCCCGGCACUUAUGAGAACAUGCUUUAUCGACAAGUCAAGCUACUUGUUGUUCGCGAUCCGGAUACAAAACAGCCAAGGCUUGUUGCUGAGAUCACGAUCAAUCAAAACAAGCUAUCGGCUAACAAAAUUGAUAAGGGGGCAGAUGUGAUGACCUUUUCUGCUACUAUGGUACCAUGCCAGAUCGUUUGUUUAGUUACGUUUGUAGCUAUUCAAGCUCUACAUGAUGAUGCCUUCGAAACAGAGUUUUCGUCCUUCGACGAAUUACUUCAGCGUCCAAACUUGGAAGAUGUUGAUUGCAUUGAACUUAGGUGGAAGGAUGGGAUGCAGGAAAAGCCUAUCUUUCCCUUAAAGUACUACAAAUAUCUGGAACUUUGGAACCGGACAUGGUUGGUAGCGGGCAACAGAAACACUCUCCGGCCCUAUGCGCUGCGAAUCGGCGGUGGAAAUAAAAUUGAUGGUAAGAACCCUUUACCCGUUUCCCUUACUAUUUUGCUUACAAUUUUUACACAAGGUUCCCUUACAUCCGCUAUUCGAAACCACAUCCUGAGCCAUAACACAAAAACAUUCGAAACCUCUUACCAAGCGAGGCAUAUUCCACACAAUUUGAUGUCAUUCGUUUUCGAUAGUACAUCUGAAGACGAUUCCAAGCUAUUCAAGCUACUGGCCUCCGCAUCCUUGCGCAGGGAUGACAAAGCACCGCUUUACCCGACAGCGGCUACGCUAGAAACGUUUGAAAAUCGCGAGGAUAUGAAAGCACUUCGCGCACAGCAUCGUCACUUCCGGGAAGAGCUCAAACUCUCUGCAGACAAUAGAGAGGUAAAGCAACUUACCGUAAAAAUUGGAGAUCUACGGACGGUAUUGUCAAACUUGGCUGUCAAGCAGGCUCGAGAAAACUACUUCGCUGAAGUUGAUUCCCUUAGGGCUCGUGGCCUGUUAACCGAAGAUAUGCCAGCCCCCCCUCCAAAUCCUUUCAGAUGCUCCUUCGGUCCCAGUUUACCUGCAGCAACAAUCAUUGGUCGAUACUUGAACCCCAAAGAUCCGCGGCUUGCAGUAUCGGAAAUGCUUUUUGCGUAUCUGAAUGAUAGGUACGGAGAAGUAGAAGGGAUUGCUCAGGAAAUGGAGCAACCAGCCUCCGAACAUAAGAAAGCAGCUUCCACGCUCUCUACAUGUCUUCUCUGCCUACAAAGCUUCACUCGUCGACGUAACCUCAGUAGACACCAUCGGAGCGUCCAUUUCACAGCAACGACCUUUGAACCUUUCUCAUGCCCCGAAUGUCAGCGGCAAGGAAAGGAGGAGUAUAGAAUCGAGAGGGCAUCGGAGUGGAGUAACCAUGUCGAAAGAGUACAUGGUUUCAUCAAUACUCCGGUUCUCUUCACUAAGCCAAUCGUCAAACCCAAACCAAUGGCUACAACUACCAAGUCGAAAUCCGCUCCUUGUUUAAGAUGCGGCCAAUUGUUCUAUGCCGGAAACAGUUUGUCAAGGCAUAUGAAUAAGUAUCACAGAAUCGUAGAGCCAUUCGAUUGUCCAAAAUGUAAGGGAGAAGGGGAGAAUAUCCAGAUUAAUGACCUCGCUUCGUGGCUUACACAUACGUCGGAUGUUCACGGUUGUAAUGGGCAAACAGGAGUGGUUAUUGAUAAUGAAUGCCUACCAAAACAGGGACAGAAGAAGAGGAAAAGAGAAAACAUAGUGGAGGAAGCAAUAAAACGUAGUAAAUUAGAAUCCUAAGUAUAU